AUGGCACUAUUGAGAGCCGCUGGUGCAAAUGCCGUGCACUCUGUUCGACAGCUGCUUCAGAAGGCUGGCAAAGUAGACAUGGUAAAGCUUCUCUUAGAGCCUGUUCUCCAUUUACAGAGCGGAACGGAAAGUUAA